AUCAAAAGUGACUUUGUGUGCUGUCACCCGGAUACGGAAAAAUAUUGGGCUUACGCAUUGGAAAAAAGGGUGCAAAAGCCUUGAAAAUAGUUAAAAUAUUCUGCAAAUUGCUUGAAAAAGUGACCAAAGGAUACGCACGGUGACGCUCCAGUGCACAGUGCUUCAAAUAAAUUGCUGAAAAGAUGGCUAUAUCGAGUUGGAUGCUAAGGAAUCGUAGUAUGCGGUCGAAAGGUCGACCGCCUGAGGAUUGCUACAAGCUUAACAUAUCAAAGAGCGAUGCAGAAAAUGCCUUUGACAUCUACCAAGCGCUCAGCUUCAGGGGCACCAGUGAACAUAAGCGACUUAAUCUGCUGAAUGCUCUGGUGCAACUCCUGCGGUCUUCAUCAGUCCGGGAACCACAGAAUCUGGGUUUCUCCGUGGAGGACUUCCUCUAUUGCAUUUCUCCCAGCCUUGUGCACACUUUUACACAGGUCCGUGCAGCAGCUCUGAGGGCCAUCAGGCACCUGAUGUUCAGUCCUAAGGAUGUUCAGACCUUCAAUGAUCUUCAGUUGUCGCAUAUCGUCUGUCGGAGCCUGGAUAUUGUGCUGAAGAAUGAGGAGGAACGGGUUCAGGCCCUCAAGUUAAUCCGUCGGAUGUUAAUUCUUGCUCCUCAUCUCAUAAGUCCGGUCAUCGUGCGAUGUCUGGUGUCUCUGGGUGAGAGUGGCGCCGAGGAUGGUGAUCGGAUGCUAAGGUCUUGCCUGGCUGUUCUCUGUGAAUUUGGCGUUCUCAAUCCCAUCCUUUUGAUUGUCUGCGGUGGCGUUAGUGCCAUCACUCGCAAUGUCCUCGAAUGUCACAGUCCCAGGAUUGCAGAGAGUCUCUGUGGAGUCCUACUGCAUCUGCUGGAAUGGCCCCAUACACGAAACAUUGCCGGAGUACGCCUGGAAUGUCUGGCUGCUCCCUACUGCGACUUCACCUACAGACUGGGCAUCAUGGACAAGAAUAAAGAUGCUCGAGAUUUGCGAUUCACUUGCAGUCGCUUGGCACUUCUUUCUGUACUUAGAAGCUGGGCUGGCACCAUUGAAUUCUGUGAUCCAAGCAAACCAUCUGGUUUAAAAGCGAUCGUUGAUGUUUUGUAUUUAAAUCAACUAGAAGUUAGGAAAGCAAUUCUGGAUUUGUUAUAUGAACUACUGGAGCUGCCACAACCCGUGUGGACAGAUGAGUAUUCAGUAGCACUGUCUGUCGUUGAUCCGGCAGAUUUUCAGGACAAUUGGCGUCUGAGUGAGGGUUUUGUGGCCAUGGAGGGGAGAAGUGUAUUGCCAACAUUGGCAAAUCGUGUGCCAAAUCCCUGUGAAAUCCAUUUGGCACUACUUCUGUAUUGUUUUCUGGAGACAGGCUUAUUGGAUGCUCUGGUGGAGGUGAUUGUAUCGAGUGAUACUUUUAUCUCGGUCAGGGCGACAGUUUUGCUAGGGAGACUUUUGCAUCUGAUGCAUACACUUCUGCCAGCAGAUAUUUGCAGCACGAGUCCGUCAUUGCCAACGUUAAUUGCCCAUGCAGCUCAGGGAAAUCAUCAGGCGACAGCAGCUGUUGCUGCUCUUCAGGAUCUGCAUCAGAUAAUGAAGAAUCGACCUGCUUCAUGUUCACUGUUUCUGGACAGUAUCAUCCAGAGUGGGGGGAUUGUGCAUACGAAACUGUUUAAGCGAGAAAUCACUGGGAUCAGUGAUAAUCCAACACUUUUGCUAACGAGUCGAUUUAGUGGGACGCUAGAGAGGAAGAGGCAUGAUUCAGUGGGAUCAUCUAGUACAUCGGGAGCAGGAGAUCUUGGUGGGGAGGGAAGUGUCAAUGGAAGUGGAAGUGGAAGUAGUAAAAUUGGCACUAUCAAAAAGUCUGGAAGCUUUAAACGUAGCAAAUUGCUGCAUUUAUUCGAUACGGGAAAAGAAGUGAGUGAUCGUCUGCUGAAGGAGUCCAAUGUACUGCUCAAUAAGGAUGGAAAUGUCUGGGAUUGGGAUGUUAUUGUGGCGAUCCUGAAGUCAAAUAGUCUGCUGAAGAUGGAUGACAAUCAAUGUCGAUUUAUCCGAAGGCUCGUUCACUACUUCAAGCCGAGCAACAAUAGGUUCUCGCAUCAGGAUUUGGGGCAUGGAAGGCAUGUUCCUGGGACAGUUUUGGCAGGGGUUGAACUGGUAGAUUGGCUACUGAGGUGUCAGGAUGGUGGGACGCAGUUUAAAGUCCAUAAAUUUACAUAUUCCUUGGAAUCUCUGAGGCAUCUCACAGAUCUUUUUGCCGAUAUAAAUUCACAUCUUCAGGCCAUUUCGACAUCCCGUAGUGCCCAUGAUUGUCUCUUUAGUCCUCAACACAUGAUCAGUACAAUGUGUCAGCAGUAUUUCCUUCUUAUUGGUCGGAUGUGUCGCAGUGAUCAUGGUGUCAUUAUUCUCAAAAAUACUGACAUCUUCAAUCAACUGAUGCAUCUUGUGACCACAACAAAUCACGUUUGCUACAUUAAGCUCAUUGUGUCCGGAUUGGACUAUUCCCGAGAUCCUAUGCCACGGCAGAUUCUCGAGAAAGCCCUCACGGAAUCUGUCAAUCGAAGUGGAAGGCUGUACGCUACCCAAUUUAUGCUGGUUCUGAUGCGAGCCAAGAUACCAAAUUUUGAAAUGUGGGGAUUGCCUAUGCUCGUCAAUCAGGCUAAAGACACUGAACAGAGCGUAGUUAAUGCUGCGCUGGAAAUUCUCGAAGAGGCUUGUCACGAACCGCUCUAUCUGAAUGAACUUGUGAGCAUGUGGCCACCAUUGGCUAGUCUAGGAGAUGCGGGGAAACUUGUUAAAAUUCGUUUUUACUCCACCAUCAAGGGAUUAAAUCAUAUUAAUGCGAAUGUCGUUGAUCAAACCAAAUACUGGGCAAACAGCUACAAUAAACGGUAUGUACUGCUCGUGGAGGCGGAUAUUCAUUCGAACUUAACACUGCACACGAAGAAUGAAGAUGGCACGUACAGCCGACGGAGUUGUUCAACACGUCCUACAAUAAUUCCUGCAAAUGUCCUGCCCCAUCUCUAUGGGCAGUUGGUGCAAACAAGUGCUGGCAUGGGAAUACUGCAGAAGCACGGAAAUAUUCCAAAGCUCAUUGAGAUUCUGUCUCAGGGCACAUGUACGGAUGAAUUGGAGAGUUUGACCAUGAAAUCGGCACUGUGGGCUCUGGGACAUGUGUCAACGAGUACUGAAGGUGUUGAAUAUCUCAAUGAUCCAAUAUCACGUGUGUAUGAGAAGAUAAUCUUCCUGGCUAAACACUGUGAGGUGUAUUCCGUAAGGGCUACGGCACUCAAUGUUUUGGGAUUGAUUGGGAGUACAAGUGCUGGGGCGAAUAUUCUGUUUAAACUGGAUUGGAUGUGUGUAAGGCACGAUCGGAAUACCAUUUGGCCAGUUUGUGAGCCCGAAGAUUGGCUGUCGAAACAUUUGACGCCUAUGAGGCAUCAAAUUGGUGAUAUGCCACCGUACAAUUAUCGUGGCAUUGAGGAGAAUGUGGUGGAUUUUGGGACAACAGAAACAUCCUUUUAUUUUGACGAAGCCAAUGAGAGUAAACUCAAAUUUGACGAAUUCUACGAUACCAGUAUUCACAUAACCGAAACCGAUGAAGGAGUAACACCAAAGUCCAAGUCAAAGACUCUGCCAGAGAGUUCAGCCAGUCGGACAAAUGCCAAACACAUGAGAUCACUGUCAGAAAGUAAGACAUCGGACGGAUUGAGUCUCAUGACGGCAACAAAUCGGACAAGAUUCAACUCAGGAACAGAUUCCAAUACUUCCGGUGUCAGUAGCUGUGAUUCAAUUGUGGGAAAGAAUAUCAUUGGGGAUCUACAGCAGACACUCAGUCCAAUUCCAUCGACAUCGAAUCUCUUGGACAUUCGCAAACCGAGCGAGAAGAGGCUAAGAAAAAUCUCUUUGACUGGAGUACCCAUUCGGGAGAAUACAAUCAGUCCGCAGGAUCUGGAGGGAUAUGCUAAACUGAGAUCCCUGAGGCGACAUCAGAGGCCAAUGCUGUCGGAGUCGGCAGCUGAUGAAUUGGCUGAGAUGAUGGAAGAUGUGAUACUGAGGACGAAUAAAUUGGAAAUAAAUGAUCAGCAGAGAUCACUGAAAGUGCGAAGUCUCGAUAGGCAAGGAUUCAAUCUUACGCCAUCAUCCAGCUUUAAAAAUGACGAUCUUUCGUCGCCAAAAUCGGUAUCGAGUUCCCUUAAAUUGAUGUCAUCAAAUGACUGCAAAGGUCCCUGUUACACAGGCAUCUGUCUUCCGCGAAAUAUUCUGGAUCUAUUUCCCAAACGCAAUAUAAACACAACAUAUGUAUCCCGGUGCAUGCAGGACGUUGAGGUGGGUGAUAUAAAUAAUUUGUUGGUGUUGAAGCAGCAAUUCCUGGUGGAUGGCAUUGGGGAGGGUGGUGAUGAGAGCUCGGUGAGCAGUCUGUCGGACAUCUCGACAAAUAGCAAGAGGUCCAAGUGGGCGGGUAAGCAUAACCGAAGCAAUUGUCUCCAUUGCUGCCGGUCCAAGAUAAAUCGCCUGCAUCCGCGCACUGACAGCGACAUCAAUAUCCAUCGGCGGAAGAGUCAGCAGAAUUCGUUGUUGCAGCUGUCCGACAUCAGUUUUCACUCGCCUGAGAGUGUAUUGAGUGAGGAGAGUAUGCCGGAUAGGAUUACGGCCAAUAUCCUGCGAUAUGUGCAGAGAAUGGCAAAUCCGGUUUGGAGUAAGCAGAGUAAGAUGUCAUUGCUUGAGCUGAAGCAGAAGCAUCCGUAUUCCUUUCAGGAUAUUUGUCUGUAUUCGGAAAUUUGUAAAGCAAUGGGAAGGAAUACGUAUCGGCAGAAUGCUAGGAGAUUUCUGCAGGAGUUAUUUCUGGAUUUGGACUAUGAUAGUUUUUAUAGUGAAGCCGGGGAGAUUAUUCAGAGGCGUGAGAGGGAGAUGACUGAUGCUGAAAGCUCAAAGGGAGGAAUUCGUUUGGAGUUGGAAAUUGUUGAGCCGGAUCGUCCGGUGGGAGUUGAUGAAGUGGAAGGAGUUGAACCGGUGGCGGCUGCUGUGGUGAAUCAGCUAGUUCAGAAUUUUACGUCUGGCUUUCAGAAAGCCAAUAAAUUGGGCCUUAAAUCACCUCCACUGGCCAGUGUCUAUGAGACAAGUGUGGAGAAUCUCGUGGAUUCGUUGUCCAGUAGUAAAUCUACCAAAGUUGUCCAGGUGGAUUGUCAUGAGCCGCCAGAUCGUGGAGGUGGCAGUGGUGAUGGAGGAGGAGGAGGAGGAGGAGAUACCACAGAUGACGAUUCUCAGAGAUCCGACAGCAACAAUCAGAAGAAAUGGGCUAUGAGACCGAGAUUUAAUACCCUAGAACUCGAUUUGACAUGCACACAGAAUAAAUUUCCCAUCACAGACAGGAGCAGAAAGAAGGAUUAUUCGCCCACGUGGUAUGUGGGUAUUUUUGAGGAUGGCAUCAAAGAUUUGGCCAGCAGACCCUUUCCCACGGGCAGUUUGUACUGCGAAAAACGCUUACAGUCAUACAAAUCAGAGGCUUCGCUGUCCAGGACGCGCCGAGAGGACAACAAAAAGAAGUAGGACGGACGGGGAGGGACAAGAAAAAGAAGGAGAUGAAAACAAAAACAAAAAAUAAAAAAAACAGGUGUGUCGUGUGCUGCAAAAUAUCUUUGAAUUUCUCUUGAAUAUUUCAAUGUAAAUUUUUUUCUUUGAUAAUUAUUCGAAUUUAUUUCACAUAAAUUGUUAAUUUGUAUGAAUUUCAUUUUUUUUUUUAAAUAUGAAUUAAUAUAAAAUAUUUAAGCGCCAA